AUGUCUCUUGUACCUCCAGAAGGUUCUCCCAGGCCAAGUUCCUUCAUUAUGCCACCCGAGAGUCCCCUACUAGAUCACUCCCAUCUUAAACCCGGUCACAAAGCGUCUUUACUUUCACAUUCGCAAACACUAGAAUUAUAUCGUCAAAAUGCCAAAAAAACAAACGACCCAGAUCUUCAGUUUGAAUUUGCUGCUUUUAUGGUGGAAGCUUCAAGGGCGAUGAACGAAGAGGAUGGUAAAAAAAGGGACGAACUCGUUAAAGAAGGCUUCGCUUUGCUAAAAAAGCUCGCUGAUAGAGGUCAUGCAAAUUCACAAUACUUUCUUGCCGACUGUUAUGCUAAUGCUAUCGGUACAUCAAAAAAUAAACCGGAUUUCGAUAAAGCCUUUCAAUUAUUCGUCCAAGCAAGUAAACAUGGUCACGCUGAUGCCGCUUACCGUGCAUCUGUAUGCUAUGAGCAUGGUUGGGGUUGUCGAAAAGAUUAUGCCAAGGCCUUACAAUUUUACAAAAAAUCGGCAUCGUCGGGUCAUCCUGGUGCGAUGUAUCGAUUAGGUAUUGCAGAGUUGAAAGGCGAAUGUGGUUUAUCGAAGAAUCCUCGUGAUGGUGUUAAAUGGCUUAAAAGAGCUGCUGAAUCUGCAAAUGAAGAAUUUCCACAUGCCUUGCACGAAUUAUCGGAACUUCAUGAACAAGGCGUCGAAAAUUACUUAUAUGUUGAUAUAGAGUAUUCCGUUCGAUUGCUUAUAGAUGCUGCCAACCUAAACUAUGCCCCAUCUGCUUUUAAAUUGGGUGAAUACUAUGAGUAUGGAAAAAUGGGUUGUCCACAAGAUGCUGCGCUUUCAAUUCACUACUAUACAAUUGCUGCUCAACAAGGUCAUAGAGAAGCCUGUUUUGCAUUAACAGCUUGGUAUUUAGUUGGUAGUCCUGGAAUAUUACCUCAAAGCGAUACUGAAGCUUAUCUUUGGGCAAAACGCGCAGCAGAUGAAGGUUUACCAAAAGCCGAAUACGCCGUGGGGUAUUUCACUGAAGUUGGUAUUGGUGUUAAGGCCAAUCAAACGGAAGCAGAUGUGUGGUAUCAACGUGCUGCCGAACAUGGUGAUAAACGAGCUCUGCAACGACUGAAAGGUACUAUAACCAAUGAAAAGAAACCAAAACGUGACGAUUGUGUAAUUAGUUAA